AUGAUUGAGCAAGUUGAACGUAUAUUAGAUGAUUUACUUGAUUCAAAUUGUAUCCAUCAAGCACAGCAUAUGAUCAUGACUAUUGUUCGAAGUUCGGUUCGAAUGCAUUAUCUGUAUUUUGUGCCAGAAACUCAAAAAGAAAAUAUUCCAGUUCGACCAAUCUUCGUCUGUAAUAAUGGGCCUACAAUAAACAUAGUCUGUUAUAUGACUCCACUUCUAUGGUCAAUCUUUGAUCGAGCAACUAAUUGCAAACGAUUUUCAAAUGGUGCUAUUGAUGUUAUCCAUGCUAUCGAACAUGAUGCUCAUAUGGGUCACUUUCAAUCUCCAAUUCUUUUUGUCACAUUCAAUUUGGAUGAUUUGAUCAACAUUUUUCCUCAUGAUGAAACCAUAAUUGCCUUAAACUAUUUACUUCGAGAACAGUUACCAGAUCAGAGAAUAGCUGGUCUUACCGUUGAUACCAUCCUACAAUUAGUACAGCUUGUUUUAAAAACUCAAUUCUAUGUUUAUAAUGCUGCAUUGUAUCAACAAAUUCAUGGUGGUGCUUCUGGUUUACCAUUAACUAUAUUCUUGGCUUAUACUUAUUUAUUUUUUGGACAAUAUCGUGAACUAGUGAAAAAUUUCACAAAAAAGAAUGAAUUUUUUGGCAGCUAUACAAACAAAGGUACUCUCGAAAGUAAAGUUUAUUACGAUCCAAAUAUUGUUGAUACUUUACCAAAUGUAUCCAAUGAACUAACGGAAAACACCACCAAACAAUUAUAUGCUGUUCUAUAUCGAGCCGUUCGAUGCUGUUCUGAUGUGGAAAAAUUCCAUAGUGAACUACUUUAUAUUCAGGUAUCAUUUGUGACAUUUGGUUUUACAUCAGAAUUUAUUCAUUCUGGUAUUCAACGUUUUUACCAACAAUUUAAUAUACUAGAAAAAUUCUGGGAUUUACGUUUGAAUAAUAAUAAAUAUUAUCAUUUACGUCGUUGUAUCAUAGAAGAUGUCGAACAACAAAUAAAAUUGAAGCAACAACGUGAGCAAGCAAAAGAACAUACAUUAUUCAUGCCAUGCCCACGUUUAAUGGAUGAAGAAAGUACCGAUGCUUUCAAACAAUGUUUUGAAUAUUGGUGGAAUAAAUAUUAUGCUAAUGAAUCACCAACAAACUCUAUUCAAAUCAAAUGGAUAGAACAAACACCAACUUGUUUGACAAAUAGUAAUAUUCUGGUCAAC